GUGAAGGGAUUGUCUUUUAUUUAGACUAGACAUGAGACAGAUAGUGUUUUUAUAUUCAGUCCUUAUUUUGAUACAAUACUUUAGUAUACAAAAUGCUGAAGUAACGGAUGAACUGGACAAUGAAUUACUACUCCAAGAGUUGGAUCGUCGAAAUGUGAAAAGAUCGCCAUAUGACGUUCCGGGAUAUGAUAGAUAUCCUAAUAGAGAUUAUUAUGGAUUCGAUAUUCAGAAAUUCGAAAAUACAGACAGACAUAGUUGUGCGGAAGAAUGCAACGAACUGUCAGAAUGCAAGGCAUUCGUUUUCAAUAAGAUAAAUACUUGUUUUAUAAAGACUAGAGGAAGUACAAGCGGUGCGCCAUACAUGAAGAAUAACUUUGGAGAAUUAUUUAUUAAAAGAACUGACGAAAUUAUUGGCUAUACUCAUUAUCCAAAAAUGGAUUAUAAUUUACACGACAUUAGAAAAUUAGUAAAUUCUAAUCCGCAUGACUGUGCGGAUGAAUGUAAUGAUGAGCCGAAAUGUAAAGGAAUUGUCUUUAACAUUUACACUAAAUACUGCUAUCUUAAACACGACGCUAAGCCGGAAGGAGAAUACUUUAUUAAAAAUCACGCUGGACAAUUAUAUAUAAAAGAUAAUAUAUAUGACGAUGAUGAAUCCAGUGAUUAAAACAUUUUUUUUAAAUAAAUCAAAUUGCAUCCAGUAAGAUCAUUUGAAGACUGGCGAAAAGACGAUUUGGAACUACAAUGUAAAUCUAUAGCUAAACUUUUUUCCUUGAAUUUUGAAUAAUACAGUUAAACACAAAAAUUUUUCAGCCAA